AUGGUGUUUUCUUUGAAGGAUGAAGAGCGCAAAUACCUGAAUGACGGGCAGGCUGCGCUCGACACGGCCCAGGCCACCCAGAAAGUUGAUGCGCUUUCCGGGUUCAGAUUGAAUGGGGCCGUCUUGUACACGAUGGAAAGGCACCUUUUCGAUCGUCGUAAGGGAUUAUUCCGAGAUGUCCCGCUCACUCGAGAGCAUUGGAUGGUAGAUGCUAAAGCAGUGGCGCAGGAGGCCAUCUCAAACAUCACAAGCCUAGCUACGCAAGAGGUCCAAAAUUCCCCUCUUGCAGAAAUCGAUAUUCCGACUUCUCAUUCUUCAUCUAGAAGACCAAGCCAUCCCGCCUUCGUUCUUCGAGAUGGAAACAAUCAACGUGAAGUAGUUGUCUCGCGCGCAGUCAAAAGAUGGUUGGACAAACAAGUGACCUCGUUUCUCAAAUACUACUUCUGUCCGCCGAUAGAUGUGAAUCAUUGGCCUGGACCUGAAAUGGAUAAGAUCAAGAAGGAAAGAAAGGAGAGAAAGGAAGGGAGAGGAAAGGAAAGGCAAGUGAUCAAUGCCAUGGAGAAGAGAUUGCAUAUCCAAGAUGGCAAAGAGGAAGAGCUUGUGACACAACCACAAGUUUAG